AUGAUAUCAUUUGCAAUAAUGUUAUUUUUUGUAGCCAUUGCAAAUUCAUAUGAAUGUGAUUGUUACCCAAUUGGAAUGAAACAAAGUGAUGGAUUUAUAUCAUACAAUAAUUCUAAAUGUGAUGACAAUGUUAUGUUGUCUAUUUCAUCCAUUUGUUUGGAUAAAAACUUUUAUUUUAUAUCAUUGAAUUCGAUUGGUUCAUUAAUAUUGUCGUCUUCAAACGUUUUUAUUAUCCGUUCAAAUUCGUGGAUUAAUGUUUUACAACUUUUUGAUAUAAGCAAAAACACGAAUGUUAUCCUCCAAGGAUAUUUUCACUCAAACCUAAAUUUGACUAUCGAAGAUAACGCAACAAUUAAUGUUUAUGGUUCAUUUUCAAUUGGUGGAGAAUUCUUGAUUGAAAAUCCGCAACUUGACAAGCCACCAAUUGUGUUAUGGCAAUCUAAUUGGCUCCACUUAUAUUCAAAUGUUACAAACAAAGCAUUUUUUAUAACAAAUCCCAUUGGAAAUUCAAAGUGUUUUGACGUGUUUUCAAUGAACAGUCCUUAUUGUUUAAACUCUGACAACAACGAUAAUCGUUUAAACACAACCGAUUUUCCUUAUAAUUUUACUGAUGGAACUGCAUUUCUUUUAUCAAAUAGUAGACUGAUGAGAUUUUGUCCAAAAAAUAUACCACAAAACAAAACCGUAGUGUGUACUUUAAAUCAAAGUGUUUAUCAAACAAAUUACAAUGGAAAUAAAAAUUACGCGUUUGAAUAUCCACACUGCCCAUGUGACGAUAGCAACACAAUAUGUUAUUUGUAUAUAAAUCAAAACAUUUCAAUUGUAACUUUACAACACAUUGAAAUGCUUAAUACCAUUCUCGUCAUUGACAAAGAUGUAAAAAUAUAUAAUGCAAAUAAAAUCAAAGAAAUUCAAAUGAAAGAUGAUAUCUGUGUAAAUAUAACAUCGUUGUUUGAAGAUGGAAUAAUCAAAUUUUCAUUUGGGAUACUAAUUGUAAAAGAAAGUAACACACAAAUUACUUAUUUUUUGAAUUACAAUUCAACAGUGCGCACAUUAAGUCUUUAUCCAAAUUUGAAUUUUGAUAUUGAAAUAUCAAGUAUUACAACAGAGAUAAAAAUGGAAGUAGAAGGAAUUAUUAAUAAUAUUUUUAUUGGCGGGAAUUGUUUUGUUUUAUUUAAAGAAAAGAUGACAGAAAUACAUAAAUUAACAUUGACGGAAUCAUUCAGUACAAAUGAUAUCGUUUUGUUUUAUUUUGAGAAUAAGACAGUUGAAAAUUUGAUAAGUCCAAAUUGUAUUUUGAUGAAAAGUUCAUUGUCAAAAACAAUUUGUUUAGAAUGUAAUUAUAAAACAAGACUUGAUGAUGGCAUAUGUGUUGGUUUAACUUCAAAUUGUAAAACGUUCAACAUGAAUAAUUAUUGUGUUGAAUGCGAAAUUGGUUUUUAUUUAGAUGCCGACAACAAAUGCAUACAAAAUAAUAACAAUUGUCAGAUUGGUGAUGAAAAUAAGUGUAUUAAAUGUGAUAAUUAUCAUGUUGUUCUAUAUGGAGUAUGUAUUUCAAAUAAUAAAUGUGAAUGGUCAAAUGGGAUAAACUGUUUGAAAUGUUACGAAGGAGAGCUCAACACCAAUUGUGAUACAUGUAGUGAUGUCAACUGUAUGACAUGUAAAAACAGUGAAUGUAUUAUAUGUCAUGAUAAUUAUUAUCUUGGAAAUGACGGAAUUUGCCAUUCUACAAUUGAAAAUUCGAUUUAUUUUUACAACAACAUAGUUUAUUGUGUAGAUGGAUAUUACAUUAAUAACUCAGAGUGUAACAAUUGUUUAACAACUAAUGCAAACUGGACGAAAUGUGAUAUCGAGAAGCCAACGAAAUGUUCAACGAAUUAUGGAAUCACAGAGAGUGGAAAUUGUGAAUCAACAACGUGCAAAGAAAAAGAAAAGAUGGAACAAAAUGGGAGGUGUUCUGAAACACAAGAUAAUUGUGUGUUUACACUCAAUAAUAAAUGCGUUGAAUGCAUUGAUAAUUACACAACAGAUGACAGUGGAAAUUGCAUACUAAACAGUGGAAAUAACUCACAAGUCAAUUGUAAAGAAACAACAAAAUAUGGAUGUGCCAGGUGUGAUGACAAAUACUAUUUAAUACAUGGGAAUUGUGUGAGUUGUGAUAGCAAUUGUGGCACCUGUUUAUCAACUUCAACGUUUUGUCUUUCUUGUAAAGAAGGAACUUUUUUGAGUCAACACAAAUGUAUUACCAACAAUAACUUGGAUGGUGUUUGCAUACAGUUUAUACCCUCGGGUGGGUGUGUCAAAUGCACUAAUGGUUAUUUUAGAAGUGGUCUGUCUUGUGAAAAAUGUGAUGUCAAAUGUGGGACUUGCAACAACAGAGAAAGUUGUUUGACUUGUAACUCUUCAAAUUAUCGAACAUCUAACAAUGAAUGCAAACCACAAAGCGACAUUGUUGGAUGUCAACUAGAAACAACACAAAAUGGAUGUUCAAAAUGUUCUGGUAGGUAUUUCACAGUCAACACAAAUGAAUGUGAAAAAUGUAACGAGACUUGUUUAACGUGUUUACAAACAAAAGAUGUGUGUACUUCGUGUGAUACAAAUGAUGUUUUGGUUGACUCAAAAUGUAUUGAUAUUUCAUUAAUUGCAAAUUGCAAAGAAGCUGGUCAAUCGAAAUGUACUAAAUGUUCAUUUUGGUACAUUCCAAGUGCAAAUGGCACUUACUGCAAUUCUCAUAUUGUGUGGUGGAUGAUAAUUGUUAUUGUCAUUAUAUGUAUAAUGACAUUUAUUGUAUUGACAACAAUUGUAUUUGUUUGUAUCAAAAAAAUCAUUAAAAAAAUUGAAUUAAAGAAAAGAGAGAAAACCACAACUCUGUUCAACAUGAAAAAAUCAAACAUAUCAUUCACUUCAUUGCAAGGCGGAGUUUGUAUCAACAAAACGGUAUUGUUAUUUAACACCAAUUGUGAUGAGAUACCAGUUGGCAAAGAGAGUCGUGAACUUCUAUGUGUUGGUAAUAUAAUAUCCAAAACUAUAAAAAUCCAAAUAUCAUCAAAAUUAAACGAAGAGAAUUAUCAACUCAAAAUUGAACCAAGUAUUGUUAUUCUAAAGAAAGGGGUUGCGUGUGAAUUUUCACUCCAUUUAAUACCAAAUUACUCAUCAAACAUCACAAGCGAAAUUGCUUUGGUUUCUAAAAACUUGUCAAGUGGAGUUGACACAUUUAACACAAUAAAAAUGAUUGCAAAAACAGUAAUGACCACAAAACUCGACUACCACGAAAUUAUAGAAGAAAAAAAACUUGGGGAAGGAUCUUUUGGUGUCGUUUACAAAGGGACUUUUAGAGGUAAUGUUGUUGCUAUUAAAAAGAUGAAACAAUUUGACAACAAUGAAAAGUCAAUUGAUGAAUUUGAUAAAGAAGUUGAGAUGAUGGACAAAUUUAGGAGUGAAUAUAUCGUCCACUUUUAUGGUGCCGUAUUCAUACCAAACAAGGUGUGUAUGGUCACUGAAUUUGCACAAUUUGGAUCUUUACAAGACUUGAUAAAAAACAAAAGAAAUGACGAAGUUAAAAUGAAAAUUCGAGUUAAAAUGAUGUUAGAUGGAGCAAGAGGAAUAUUGUAUUUACACGAGAAUGGGAUAUUACAUCGAGACAUCAAACCAGACAACAUUUUAGUAUUUUCUCUUGAUCUGAACGAGAAAGUAAGUGCAAAAUUGACCGACUUUGGAAGUGCAAGAAAUAUUAAUAUGUUGAUGACAAACAUGACAUUCACAAAGGGUAUUGGGUCUCCAACUUACAUGGCACCCGAAGUGUUGAAACAAGAAAAGUAUAAGAAAGAAGCGGACGUUUAUUCUUUUGGGGUGACUUUAUUCGAAGUGUGUGGGUGGUGUGAAAUAUAUACAAAAAGCAUGUUCAAGUACCCAUGGAAAAUAGCCGAGUUUGUGUGUUCGGGAAAAAGAGUUGAAAAUUCAAACAAUAUACCAAACAAUCUAUUUAAAAUUGUUCAAAAUUGUUGGAAACAAAACCCAAAAGAACGUUGUAGCAUUCAAACUGUUGUUGAAGAUUUAGACAACGUCACAAACUUUACAUAA